AUGUGCGGACCUGACGACAGAUGCCCCGCACGCUGGCCGGGACCGGGAAGGGCGGUCAAGUGUGGAAAGGGGCUAGCGGCUGCCAGGCCUGGCCGAGUGGAGCGGCGGGGCGGGGCGCAGCGGGGCGGGGCGGGGCGCAGCGGGGCGGGCCUGGAGCUGCACCGGCUUCUGGGUGGACGCACUUGGCGCGCGGCGCGGGAUGCAGACGGCUGCGAGGCGCUGGGCACAGUUGCUGUCCCCUUUGACGAUGAUGACAAGAUCAUUGGGGGCUACACCUGUGAGGAGAAUUCUCUCCCCUACCAGGUGUCCCUGAAUUCUGGCUCCCACUUCUGUGGUGGCUCCCUCAUCAGUGAACAGUGGGUGGUAUCAGCAGCUCACUGCUACAAGACCUGCAUCCAGGUGAGACUGGGAGAGCACAAUAUCAAAGUCCUGGAGGGGAAUGAGCAGUUCAUCAAUGCGGCCAAGAUCAUCCGCCACCCCAAAUACAACAGGGACACUCUGGACAAUGACAUCAUGCUGAUCAAACUCUCCUCACCUGCCAUCAUCAAUGCCCGCGUGUCCACCAUCUCUCUGCCCACCGCCCCUCCAGCUGCUGGCACUGAGUGCCUCAUCUUCGGCUGGGGCAACACUCUGAGCUUUGGUGCUGACUACCCAGACGAGCUGAAGUGCCUGGAUGCUCCGGUGCUGACCCAGGCUGAGUGUAAAGCCUCCUACCCUGGAAAAAUUACCAACAGCAUGUUCUGUGUGGGCUUCCUUGAGGGAGGCAAGGAUUCCUGCCAGCGUGACUCUGGUGGCCCUGUGGUCUGCAACGGACAGCUCCAAGGAGUUGUCUCCUGGGGCUAUGGCUGUGCCUGGAAGAACAGACCUGGAGUCUACACCAAGGUCUACAACUAUGUGGACUGGAUUAAGGACACCAUCGCUGCCAACAGCUAAAGCCCCCGGUCCCUCUGCAGUCUCUAUACCAAUAAAGUGGCCCUGCUCUCA